GAGUUUCAGUCCAUCUGCUUCAAAUCUUUUAACCUGCCACUGUGUCCAUCUCUUCGCUCUCCUCCUCCAGAAAUGUCGUCGUCUUCUUCAAUCUCAUCGUCGUUUCGAUUAUUCACCACCAAAAUCCCUGGCUCAAUUCUCAAACCUAAAACCCCAAAACCUCCAUUCAUCUCUUUCCCCAAAAGAUCCAUCACUUUCCAAAGAAUCCCCACUAUAUCCUCCGCCUCCCCUCCGCCGCCGUCCGCAUCCGCAACGAGCUCCACGUCCCUGCAGCCCGUCGAGGACCUCCCUCCGAAGCUCCAGGAAAUCGUCAAGCUCUUCCAGUCUGUACAGCUCCCGAAGGCCAAGUACGAGCAGCUCCUGUUCUACGGCAAGAAUUUGAAGCCGUUGGAUGAUCGAUACAAGACGAAGCAGAACAAAGUGGAGGGAUGCGUCUCGCAGGUGUGGGUCAGGGCGUAUCUUGACUCAGAGAAGAAUGUGUUUUUCGAGGCUGAUUCCGACUCGGUCCUUACCAAGGGACUCGCUGCUUUGCUAGUUAGCGGGUUAUCGGGCCGCCCGGUGGAUGAGGUUUUGCGGGUUUCGCCCGAUUUCGCGGUGCUUCUGGGGCUGCAGCAGAGCCUGACUCCGUCGAGGAAUAAUGGGUUUUUGAAUAUGUUGAGGUUGAUGCAAAGGAAGGCGAAGGAGUUGCUUGUGGAGGAAGAAAAUGGAGGGGAGAGUGAGCGUUUCGUGGCGAAAAUUGAAGAUAAUGUCGAAAGUUUGGAGCUUGGAGUGGAUUCUGAAGUGGGCGGGGGAAAGAAUUCGAAUUCGGGUUUGACAGUUGAUGGUGGGAUUGAGGGUGAGGAUAUUGGAUUGAGUUCUAGAGAAAAUGUUAAGCAAUUGGAACUGGUAGCGAGUGAAACGAGCGAAAAUGUGGCAGAUUCAGGUGACUUGGGAAGCAGAGGGAAGAGAAUUCAGGAGAAAUUGAUGCGAGAGUUAAGUCCUGUGGAAUUGGAAGUGGAAGACAUAUCUUAUCAACAUGCCGGGCACGCUGGGGUUAGAGGGAGUGGUGAUGGGGAGACGCAUUUCAAUGUGAGAGUUGUGUCUAAGGAGUUUGAAGGGAAGAGUUUGGUUAAGAGGCAUAGGCUUAUAUAUAGUUUGUUGCAAGAAGAAUUGCAAAGUGGACUACACGCAUUGUCGAUUGUGGCGAAAACACCAUCUGAAGUGAGUGGAGGGUGAAGGCACGGCUCCGGGUUUCUUAUGUGAAAGAGGUCUUUGUGUGAAAGGUGCAAGAGAUUGAGUUGCUAUGAGCCUGUCAGAAAAGUAAAGCUCCAUAUCCAGAUACUCAAAUCUUAUAUCGAUUUUCCGAUUAGGGUUGGAGAAAUUUGCGAGGAAAGUGAAGUCGCCG